AUGAAAGUAUCUAGAAAAGGACUUAAAAGUAUAAUUAAUUAUCCGCUUAAAACAUUUAAAAAUCAAAUGGAAGAAGAAUAUAAUUUAGUUGAUUCUCAUAAAGCUUUAUCAGUUCAUUUAAAUUCAAGAUUAAAUAAGAAGCGUUUAUAUGAUGAUGAAUAUUUUAUAAUGAAAAGAUGGAAUGAGUGUAUGAUUAAAGAAAAGAAUCCAAUCACUGCUCUUAGUAUAAUUUUUAAUGAAUUUGGUUUGAUAUUACAGACUGUUAAAUUGAUGGAAAUUUUAUAUGAAAGAGGUGUUUUAAAUACAAAAGAAUUAGUUGAUAUACUUGAAUCUUUAAAAGGAAAUUUUAAUGAUUAA